CUAUAUAAGCUGGCAGUGCCUUCUUAAAAGACAGUUUUGAAACACAGAACAGGAGGUACAGUGUCGGUACCUUGCAACAUGGCAUUCGGGAUCGGUAUUAAUACCGUGCUCCUCAGGCUUGCUUCACUUGCCUUUGUGUUCAUGGCAACACUGCACUCAGCAAAGUCAUUGGAGCUGGAAGUGGAAGAUGACAAUCGAUAUCCAGUUGCUGAAUCCGAUGUCGUGCUGACAUGCUACGGUGCGUAUGACGGUAUCUUGACCUUCAGCGGAAAUCCACAAGGAAAAGUGGUUUGGAUGAAGGACGGUCAGCCGAUUGCUGAGUGGCCCAAACCAGCUGGAACGGAGACGCCCACUAGAUACGAUCUAUCGGCAGACGCACCUGAGGACGGCGCGGUUUAUGCGUAUCUUACAAUCCGGUCUAUGGACACAACAGACAACGGUGCGUACAGAUGUCAGCUUUUGAGAGGAGAAACGGUACUUGGCACGUCGUACGAGGUAAGGUUGACAGUCGAACAACGCCCAGCAAGUGAAUACCCCAAAUGCUCAGUCCUAACCCUCAGCAACGAGCAAGUGUUCCUCUGCGAGUCGGAGAGGGGAAGUCCGCCGGUCAGCCUCCAGUGGUGGAAAGGCGAACAACCUCUCAACAAGACCGAUCUUGACGUGGAUGGGUUUGUACAGGCUCGCUUUGCAGCUGGAGAAGAGGAUGAAUCCAACGCGGGAAGGUUCGAGUGCUCCCUGACAUUCAGAGAACAACGCACUGGGUCUUGCGUCCUGGACCGACCCAGUGUGGCGAUUCCGGCUCCCACCAGUGGACUACUCCUCGGACAAGACUUGAUCGUCGUGUGUGUAACGUCUGGCAAUCCACCAGUGUCCAUCGUUGACUGGGACUUUAAACCUAGCCUUUUUUCGUCCUUCGGAAAAGAUGGAAACACAUUAACGAUUUACAACAUCAGUUCGCGUGACAACGGCACACAGAUAAUCUGUGAAGGGCACAAUGCACUUGGCAGCAAUCAGGCAAGUAGAGUGAUAACUCUACGACCGCUUGAAGCCACAGUGCAGCCGAUAACAGUGCAACUUGAACAAACCAAAGUGCCAACAUCACUCGACGAACAAGCUCAGUUCAAGUGCGUUACGACUCCCCCGCGCUCCCCUCCUCCUCCUUGCAUAUGGCAUUACAACGGUGAGUACGUAGACCCCGACAACACCUCGGACAGAUUCCUCGUGGAGGACCGUUCAGAACAUGUCUUGUCAGUUUCCAGUGUUACAACCAUGGACGUAGGAGCCUCAGUAACCUGUCACAUCGUGGUCAGUUACCGGCCAAAUGCCGAGGUUUUCCUUCGGGCAACUUUCCCACAAACCACCAAGGCGGGACCAGUCCUGACAACCACACGGAGGUCCCCUAAAUCCCCUUCGUUACCUGGUAAGCCGUGGCCAGUCAGCACACUGAUGGGGUACAUUAUCGGAGGUCUGAUGUGCUUGGUCUUGGUCGGGAUCUGUUGCUGGGUCUCUCUCAAGGCAAAAUCUCUUUUGCGCUCAAAACGAUACGCCUCGAACGACGGAAAACCAAUGACGAGGACCAAAGCUUCAUGCAACCGCCUCGACAAUGAUUUCAUAGUGGACAUUGGUAUGCCCCCUGAACUGACCGCCCGUCCUUCGAUGGUGACCAAGAUGGCCUUGGCUGAGGAGGAAUCCCCCUAUCAGGAUUUGGAGGAUGUAUCCCGUCAGCGGCAAACAAAUGAGUACCAGCGUCUCAUCAGCAAUGACUGGACCCCGGAUGCACCGGAAUCGUCUCAGAAAUGAAGUAGGUGAUGGUGUCUGUUCAUUUCUGAAUUUGUUUGUUUGGGGAGUAGAUGUUUUAAGCUGACAGAAUAAUGGAAAAGCGUCAUAAAUUCUAGUUCAAGUACGGUAGAUCUUACUCUAUACAUACAUCUGACCAGUUUAAGGUCGAGCCUCUAGUGGUGUCAGUGGCGAAUUCGUUAUUUCUGGACAUGUUUGAGAGGUACCGGUAGGUUUAAACCAUUUCCUUAAUUGACCAAGUAAAAGAUGAUGCAGAUAAGCACUAAUCAUGGGUUUUGGACUACUUCCUAGGAGCCGUUCUCAGAGGAGACUGCCGAAUAUAUACAGUUGAGGGUGGUACUUCAACGUGAUAAUUGAAAUGUAAAAUAAAGAACAUCUAUGUAAACCCCUACCUGGAGAAUGAUACCUUAUCUUGCAAAGUAGAAUCCAUGCUUGUUUCACUUGCAAUGCUGAAAAGACACGUAGUUCCUUGAGAAUCCGAGAAGAGCAUUACAAUAUAACUUCAUUUGAACACUCAGACCUAGCUUUAAAGCUUGACUUCUGGGCCUUGACCUUAAGGCUUGUGGGCAGAAACUUUGGUCUUAGUCUUGGGCCUAAUGAUCAGGAUCAUCGGAUUUUUCAGUAAAGACCCUUUAUCAAAGCCUAAUGAUUUUCAAAUUUAAAAAAUGUUUUUGAACUUUUGGUAAUCCGAUCUGUUUCAUAGCCAACACAUCAUCAACCUCGAAUCCCAGUUGUAUUGUAUGUAUGGGUUGAAUGAAAGCAGGCACGAUUCAACCCCUUGCUUCUCAGUACAAACUCCAGAUCCAACGGGUUAAUGCCAGGUCUAGAUAUUAAGCAUACCAAAGUCAUGCUGAACCAAAUAGCUCCCAAGACUCGCAUUAACAACAGAAAAAGUUCGACGUAUAAAACAACUGGUAGCAACUCUCUACCAUGGACGUCGGAAAAGCCGCCUAUUGCAUCACUCCGAAUGACUCUGGGACAGCUUGGUUUCAUAUUCGAUAUGCCGUUAUGUUAAAAGGUUAUAUUAUGUUAUGUUCCCCAUCGUACGCAACUUAGGUGCUCGAUAUAGGUUGGAAGAGUCAGCUUUUAACUAAUGUACUCUUCCAAUAGGUUUGAUUUUACUAAAGCGGUUAAUUGCUUAGACAGCGUUUAAGAUGAGGGCAUAAUUUGAAUGCAUUUUCAACCCUUGAGGGAUCUAAAAGCUACUUGAUAGUCUGGACGGAAUUUACUAGGUUCAGCAAUGAGUUGGUUGGAAUUAACAAUCAAGAUUUUAUAUGUUGUUAUGGAUGAAUUUUAAUAGCUCUCACAAGCAACUUAUUGAUGUUGUUAGCUUUCCUUUAAAAGCAACUGAAGGAGGAAACACUUCAAAACACUCUUCAAACUUCUUCAAACAUUUCAGAAACACAGUAAAAUCUAACAAUGGGCAGCAGUCGCCAUGUACUAAUACAUAUGUGCACAACAUUGGUUCUAAGUUCAGAUCAACAGUUCCUGUUUAAAUACAGGCGAUUCGUGAUAAUUGAACUUAGUCAUUUUGGAAAGGGCUUUAUGGGCAUUGUCAAAGCCAUGAGGGUCAAGCAGUGGCCUUGAGGAUCUGAUGGCUAAAGCCCUGGCCAUAGCCUUAAGUCUAAGUGAUUAAGCCUUUUAGCGUUUUUGAAACGAGUGGAUUCGGCUUGGACUUCGGUUUCGUUGGUUCCAGUCGGAGCUUGAACAUGUAGUUUGGAACGCUGCUUCAAAAUGGCUGGAACCAGCGAAACCAAAGUCUGAGCCGAAUCCACUCGUUUCAAACUUCAACAAUCCUCUGGUAGCAAAUCAGUUGCGGGUUUCAAUGGCUUAAGUCAAAAAGAGUUGCCUAAUGCAACCAACAAGCUGAGAACUUGUUUUGUGCAGGACCAAAAUGUAAACAUUUAUGCCGAACCAUUAAUAAAAUCAGCCAUAGCCAACAGUGAUCACAACUCCAUAGUCUGGUCUCCGACACAUACUUAUCAUCGUUCCAAAAACACAACUAAAUUACGCACAACCAGACCAUUGCGUGAUUCUGACAUACGACGUUUUGGAACAUGGAUUUGUCAGUAUGACUGGGAUCCUGUCAUGCUGGCUGAUGAUCCUAAUGAUCAGUGUGAUGCUUUCUACAGAGCAUUAAACUCGGCAAUUGAUCACCAUUUCCCACAACACAUUACUAAACUUCAUGUUCGUGACAAACCAUGGUUGACUCCAGAGGUCAAGAAACUCAUUCAACAGAGACAAGUGGCAUUCCACGCAAAGGAUCAUCGCACUUGAAAACAUUUACGAUACAAGGUUAAGAUGGCCAUAAGUAGCGCCAAAAGUAACCAUGACAAUAAAAGAGUUAGAAGCUUGAAAGCAUCGGACCCUGCUGCAUGGUGUCGUCAGAUCAAACUUCUUACUAAUGGUUAUCAGGAGGACAAACCAAUCAAUGUACCAGGAGUUGACAAAGAUGACAUUGUGGGAAUAGCAAAUAGCGUUGAUAAUCAUUUUGCUUCUGUAGCUGAAGAUCUGCCAAUCCUCGAUACAGCCCAGUUACCAGCUUAUUGUCCCUCCAAAUCUCCCCUCUCAUAUGUCCAACCUUGGGAUGUGUAUCGUGAACUCAAACACAUAAAGUGUGGCAAGUCUGGUGGUCCAGAUAAUAUUCGAGUCCGUAUCAUUCGAGAAUUUGCUUGUGAGUUGACCACCCCCUAUCUCAUAUUUUCAAUACUUCACUUCAACUUGGUUUUGUUCCUGAUGUUUGGGAACGAGCUUUUAUUGUCCCCAUCCGCAAAGGCUCUCCUGCAGUGGUUGACAAGUUACGACCAAUAGCGUGCACGGACCAUUUUGCUAAACUCUUGAGGGUUGUGUUGCUAAAUAGACUGAGAAAGACUUGAAACCUUAUAUGGAUGACCAACAGUUCGAAAAAAGAAAAGGUUUAUCUACUACAUAUUGUUUGCUAGAUUUAUUGAAUACUUUGUACAAAAAUGCCGAAAUCGGGAAAGCAACAUCCACUCUGGUUUUGACAGAUUAUAGUAAGGCAUUCGACAGAAUCGAUCACAGCAUUGCCAUACAGUAACUGAUCAACCUGACUGUGAACCCAUCAUUAAUUAAAUGGAUUUCAAACUUCCUCACGAACCGCAAACUGUGUGGGCUACAGGGGUCUUACAUCUGACCGAGUUACUAUGUACGCCAGAGUUAUUCAAGGGACAAAAUUGGGCCCCACUGUGUUUUCGGCUGUUAUCAACGAUGCCUGCCAGGAUUCCAAUGACUGUAUCCACCAUUGGAAAUAUGUGGACGAUUUAAGCUUGAUUGAAACCCGCCACGUCCACGAACAACCUACUCUUCAAGAGGCUGUAAAUGAUUUCGUUGAGUAGUCACAAAAUAGCAAUAUGUCUCUGAAUCCCACAAAAGGCGCCACUAUGGAAAUUAAUUUUAUGAAGGAGCCUCUACCAUCACUUGUAAUAUGCAUCAAUGAUCAAGUCCUUGAACAAUUACAGACUGUUAAAUUGUUAGGGGUUCACAUCCAGCAUGAUCUUAAAUGGGAAACUCAUAUUAAUACACUACGAGCCAUUAAUACACUAAGAGCCAUUUCAUAUGGUUCGUGCUUUAAAAGGCCACGGAUUCCCAAUUCAAGAUAUAAUCACUGUCUAUAAAGGGUACCUGUGCCCCCUGCUUGAGUAUGCAGUCCCGGUGUGGAAUGGUGCAAUCUCAAAUCGGCAACAAAAUCAGUUGGAAAACAUUCAAAAACGUGUCCUCAAAUUAAUUAUAGGCACCGAUUAUAAUGGUUACGAUGAUGCUUUACACUCUGUCAAAUUAGAAUCUUUAACUGACCUUCGUAGAUCACUGUGCCUUAGAUUUGCCAAACACUUAAUGAAUAAUGAGCACCUGUCGCAUCUCAUUCCACAGCCUGAAACUAGUAGAAUAUUCCGUCAGUCUAAAUUAGCAUCCGCACCAAGAUGCAAAACAAACAGAUUUAGGAAAAGUGCAAUCCCCUAUUUAUCUCGAUUAAUUAACUCUAUGAAUUGAUCCAUGUGAUUGUGUAGAGGUUCUUUGCAUUGUCGAAUAUGUGUGUAUUUUAAAUUGUGGUUAUAUGUAUUGUCUCAUAUACAUUUAUAUAUAUUUCUGUUGAUUCAAUUCCCAUCCCAUCCAACACUAUAAACCCUACCCCAACCCAUCCAAUCCCACCCCAACCCUACUUACCUCGACUCCAUCCCCCUCCCCGUAUUUCUUACACCACGUCUCACAAUACCCCAAUAUCAACCUUUUCAAUCCCACCCUGUUUUGAUUCCCUCACAUGUAUUAUUUACCGUUUUUAAACCUUUUUGUGUAUUAAACAUACGUAAUUGAUGAUUUAUUUUUAUCAAAUAUGUAUUAAUUUAACUUAACUAUAAUUUUGAGUUUAAGCGUAAUUUUGUAUCUUAUUUUAUAAAAGUAUUUGUCAAGAUUAUUUUGUAUAUCCUUUUUAAUCACAUGUAAUGUACUUUUAUUUUUUGUCACAGUCUUACACAAUUCCACUUUUGUGGCGAGAAGACUGAUACAAUAAAAGAUUUAAUAAUAGUAAACAGAAUUUCCACAGGUAGGCCUACUUAUCUAAAUGGUUACAUAUCUAUAUACAUUUAAUGGGUUUGUUUUAUGCAUUUUAAAGUUUAUCAUUGUAUGUACCUAUAUACACUAAACAUGCCUGUGUGCUUAGUAUAUAGGUUUCAUUUUGAUACCGCUGGGUCUCGGAUUCGAGGACCCAGGGAGGGAUGUUGAUUGUUAGACGGUGGCCUUGACUGAAUAUACUUUCAAUUUGAGGGCUUCAACUCAGGCUGCGAAUCGACUACUAAUUGACAUGUAAAAAUCCCUUCCCAUUUGAUUUCUUACCACAAGUGAGAAGAAAUGCUGUCUUGUGGAACUGUAUUUAGUAACUUUGUCGAUGUGCAUUUUUUAUGUGUAUGCUCAAGUAUGCACUUGUGAAAUUUCGAAGAAUUUCAUUAAAUUAAUAGCUAGACUAUUGUUAUAUCUGCUUGAGUAAAUUGAGUAUUUUGUUCACACAAAAUGUUCACUCGAAGAGGCGUCUUCCGGUAGAAAAAUUCUAUCCAUGCUAAAUAUUACUUUGGGAGCUUUUUAACUAAACGAAAGACCUAAUAAAUCUGUAAUACUUAAAAGUUUAAGCCUUAAAAGGAUAAAAGUAAAAAGCAAGCGAACAAACAAAAAUUGUAUAAAAUGCUGAGUGGUAGUUGUUUAUGCAGUCCAUAUCAAAACUUUGUUAGACAAAACCCGAAGAGUUUGGAGUACAAGUAAAUCUGUAUUUAUAUGCAGGAACAUGAA